AUGAAGUCCGUUUGCACCAAAUCUGCAUAUUUCCGUAACUGCUAUGUCAUGACGGAGUCAGUAGCAAAUAAUAGCACGGUACCAUUAGAAAUCAGUGAUCAUGAAGAGGAGGAGGAACUUAAACUUGGCGAUGCUACGGAAGCUGCCAUCAAAGAGAUGUGUCACACCGAGUUCUGUCGUCCAGACCAGGAGUUGACCGCUCAAAUCAAUGAGCUCUUCCCUACGGAGCAGUCUUUAGCUCAAUUAGAUACGGUUAUAGCCGCAGUCGAAGCCGAAAUUCAUGACUUGGAUGUAGAAUUGGCUUCACUCGUAGAGUCACAUGAUGAAGUGGGAGCUCAAGGAGAAGCGGCUCUGCAAGAGGCCCAGAAAGCAAUGACUGAGCUGGAAAGGCGUAUCGACAGCAUUCGCGGAAAAACGAGAUCGUCUGAUGAAAUCGUUAGAGAAAUGACGAGGGACAUCAAGCAGCUCGAUAUUGCCAAGCGAAAUCUGACGUCAUCGAUCACAACUUUGCAUCAUUUGCAUAUCUUGUUGACUGGUGUUGAUUCUUUAGCGCUUUGGGUUGAGCAGCGAGACUACGCAUCUAUAGCUCGUCAGUUACCAGCCAUAUUGAACGUGCUGCAGUUGUUCGAUGACUUCCAAGAAGUUGAGCAGAUGGCGAAGAUAACUAAUCGUUUGACUAGGCUGAAGCAGUCACUUACCGUCCAGCUAGCUGGCGAUAUGAAAGCCGUCUUUCAGGCUGGCCAACUGAGCGAAAGAGUUACGGAUAUGUGUCGUGUAGCAGCUGCACUGGAGGGGUCAGUAAAAGCGAAUUUCUGCAAGUGGUUCAUUGAUCAGCAGUUGGCCGAAUAUGCUGUACUUUACGCGGAAAAUGAAGAAGGUGCAUGGUUGGACAAAAUAGAGGAAAGGUAUAAAUGGUACGUGCGAAAGCUCACAGACUUUGAGAGAACUGGGCUUUCCAAAAUAUUUCCGCCCGAUUGGGAUAUGGGUCGACUGAUGACGAGGGAGUUCUGCAGUAUCACCAAAGACGUCUUGUAUCGUAUGAUGAGUAGGCGGCGGCCAGAUUUGGAUUUCCGAUUACUUGGUCAUGCCAUUCAGCAUACCAGAAUGUUUGAGGCGUUACUUACAAAACGAUUUCCACCUAAGGGCGACUUUAACUUUGAUAAGGCAAUAUGGAGCGUCUUUGAUUCGUUUUUGAAUGUCUUCAUAACCGCCCAGGAGAAGACACUGAAUGAGUUCUUGGAAGGAUGUGCUAAUAAGAUAAGAUCCGGUGACACUAGUGAAGUGCCUUCACGUGAAUGUUCUACCCAUGCUGUCCCCUUCUCUUCAUCAGCUGAUAUGUUUCUACUGCUAAAAAAAGUAAUAACAGAGUGCAGCAAACUGAGCAGUGAACCAGAUGCUCUACUCAAAGAUGUGGUAGGAGUUGUACGCGUAUGUCUUCGUAAUUAUGCUCACGGCUGUCUUACGGCAUUCCUACCGACAGCACACGGGCAACAAAGUAACACAAGCACGGCGAAUUUGUUCAACCUUAUCAGAGAAGACACUACCGUAGUAAGGUUGACCCCUGAUCAACAAUUUUUAACCUGCUGCAUACUUGCUACGGCUGAUUGGUGCGCCGAAACGACGCUACAGCUGCAAGAGAAGCUGGCUCAACGUCUACCGGGGGUUGAUCUCAGCCAAGAAAUGGAAACAUUUUACGGGAUAACGAAUCAAGCAUUAGCGGUUCUUGUGCAAGAUUUGGAGGGAGCAUGUGAUGCAGCGUUGCAAGCCAUCGCUAAAGUGACAUGGUCAGCUGUGGAUGGUGUAGGAGACGAAUCACCAUUCGUUGGUGCUAUAAGGUCUCAUCUUAGAGGCGCUGUGCCACGAUUACGAGACUUGCUGUCUGACAGAAGAAAAUAUUUCGCGCACUUGUGCUUGAAACUAGCCACACAGCUUUCACACAAAUUCGUUGGGGCCUUGUUUAGGUGUAAACCGAUGAGCACACAUGGUGCUGAACAAUUGCUGCUUGAUACGCACUCCUUGAAGUCAUUCUUACUCCAAAUGCCAUCCAUAGACAGUGCCAUAGCUGCUAAGCCACCUACCGCAUAUAUAAAUGGUGUCAGUGCAGUGCUUAACAAAGCUGAAAUGAUACUCAAGGUCGUUAUGUCAAAUAUGGAAACACCGGAAGAUUUUAUCGAACAUUAUUCCACCCUGCUGCCGGAAUCGAAUACUUCAGAACUGCAAAAGGUUUUGGAUAUGCGAGGAGUGAAAAAAGUGGAGCAAACAGCUAUACUUCAAGCUUAUAGGCAAAAAUUCGGAGCAGCUGCCGAUGCAGUACCAGCAGUUUCUGCUGCGGUCGGAAACUCACUAUCAGCAACUCAGGCAUUGAACGCAGUCGUAUCGAUGGCAGCUGAUGGAUUGGCUGAGACUACGAGCAUGAAAAGACUUGAAAAACUUGUAAAAAGGAAUUUUUAAUCGUUCAGAAACCAGAGAUCUCUUCAUUGUGGCAGUACUAGUCAAAGUCUUAUUGCGCUGCUGUUGUCAAAGGAAACUUGUGUCGGAUUGUGUUUUCGAGAAACAGCUGCAUGAUUUCUGGAUUUUUAUGGAACAACCAUGUCACUUUGUAUCAACAUUUCCUUUUUUACGACUGUGAUAACUGGAUUUACUUUCUGUGUACGUUACCGAUGAAACAUCAACUGUUGAAGGAAAUUGCUUUCGCGGGGAUUUAUUAUGUGGUAAAUUGAGCAUAAAAAAUUAAUACAAUAUUUCUGCAGGCCAUUAUACUCUUGACGGUGCUAUAAAGAUUAAUGUCGGAC